AUGGUAUCCAAGAUCUCCACAUUCCCUACGGUAACCCAGAUCCUGACAUCUCCUACGAUACCCCAGACAACAACAUAUCCUAUACGGUACCCCAGACAACAACAUAUCCUAUACGGUACCCCAGACUUCGACAUCUCUUACGGUACCGCAUACCUUGACAUCUCAUUCGGUACCACAUACCUCGACAUUUCCUACAAUUCCACAGACAUCGACAUCUCCUACGGUACCCCAGACCUUGAUAUCCCCUACGGUGCCCUAGACCUUGAUAUCCCCUACGGUAGCCCAGACCGUGACAUCCCCUACUGUAGCCCAGAUCCCGACAUCUCCUACGGUACCCCAGACCUUGAUAUCCCCUACGGUGUUCUAGACCUUGAUAUCCCCUACAGUAGCCCAGACCGUGACAUCCCCUACGGUAGCCCAGAUCCCGACAUCUCCUAUGGUAGCCCAGACCUUGACAUCCUCUACGGUUCUCAAGAUCCCGACAUCUCCUACGGUGAUGUAUACCUUGACAUCCCCUACGGUACCCCAGAUCCCGACAUCUCCUUCGGUAGCCCAGACCUUGACAUCCCCUACGGUAGCCCAGAUCCCGACAUCUCCUACGGUGACGUAGACCUUGACACUCCCUAUGCUAUUCCCAACCAUGACAUCUCCUAG